CUCUUGUUCGGCUAACAUAUGGGUUCGUUAGGAGAAAAGAGAUGUAACGUAGUAGGUUAGUUUGCAGCUGAUGCCGCCGUAUUGGAUUUCGGGACAACUCUCGCUGAAAACGUGUUAAGAGUUAAGGUAGUAGUAUGACUGAAACGUGUGUUUUGAUAACUGGUGGGGCUGGUUUUGUUGGAAGCCAUGUUGUGGUGGAACUACUUGAAGCAGGGGAGAGUGUUGUGGUGAUAGAUAAUCUUUCAAAUGCAGCAUCGGAUAAAGACAAUCUACCACCUGCGAUAAAAAGAAUUCAAAAUAUUGUGAAUGCUUCUCAAAGAAAGAGGCUUUACUUCAGGAAAGGGAGUUAUGGCGAUAGAAAUAUAAUGGAUUCAAUUUUCAAUGAGUUUAAAAUCAAAGCUGUGAUCCAUGCAGGGGGAUUUAAAGCUGUUGGAGAAUCCAAAGAGCUGCCAAUGAAAUAUUACAAGAACAAUGUUAAAGAGGCUUUAACGCUUGUGAAAGCAAUGAAUGACCACGAUGUGAAGAACAUUAUAUUCAGUAGCUCAGCAACUGUGUAUGCUGAAGUACCACCUGAGAAACUUCCACUAACAGAGGAAAGCCCUGUUGGUAACUGUAGCUGCCCAUAUGCUAGCACAAAACUUUUCAUUGAAAACAUCUUGCGUGAUGUGACGGUAUCUGAUGGCCAAUGGAAGGUGAUGUCACUGAGGUAUUUCAACCCAGUUGGAGCACACCACUCUGGGAUGAUAGGAGAAGAUCCUAAAGGAAUUCCUAACAACCUAAUGCCUUUCAUUGCACAGGUUGCAGUGGGCCGCAGGAAAGCUCUUAAUGUGUUUGGUUCCGACUAUCCUACUCCUGAUGGAACAGGAGUAAGAGAUUAUGUUCAUGUUGUUGACAUAGCUAAGGGUCAUGUUGCUGCUCUUAAGGCAUUACCAAAUAUGAAACAAGGUUUCCAACCAAUAAACUUAGGCUCAGGGGUUGGAACUUCAGUGUUGGAAAUGGUUCAAGCUUUUGAAAGGGCAUCAGGUGUUGUUAUCAAGACAGUAAUGCAAGAUAGAAGGCCAGGCGAUGUGGCUUCGAUGUAUUGCCAGCCAACACUUGCGUUUGAAGAACUUGGCUGGAAAACUGAAAAGACUGUGGAUGAAAUGUGUGAAGAUCUGUGGAGGUUUCAAAAUCAAAAUCCAAACGGUUUACAUCCCUCUGGUGAAUCUAAUUAGAAGUAAAGAAUAUCCUAUGUGUCAACAUGCGUAACUAAUUCUUCAGCAAUUCUACAUCAUCUGUGAAAUUUCUAAUCCUUUGCCUCAAAUCUAAAAGUAGGAGAAGUUGACAAAAAAUCUACAGUAUAUGCCAAUGUUAUUAGUACCUUUUAGUCAAUAUUUACGUUCUUCAAGCAGUUUUUAUUAAACCUAUGUACCUGAUAAACUUAUAGUAGUAACGUACUCUUAAAAUAUGCUUUUUCUCACUGUUUAGUUAAUGGAACAUAAGCACAUUGCAAUAUCAUCAAGAUAGUUGUAGUAUGCCAUUUAAUUCUUUAUAUUAAUAAAUGCACUUGUAUUAAUAAACUAAGUAUUUUCAUUUGA